AUGUCUCUUUUCACGGCACAGCUUCAUCCGGGUCGUGCGUUGGGUUUCCUGAUACUCGGCGCAUCACUGCAUGAUGUCCUGACGCGGCUCAAGGCUGAACCGCAGCGUUUCCCAAAACUUGAAGUCGUUCACUCGCCAGACAGGCCGGUCACCGAACCAGUGUGUAUAGUCCUUCCGCAUAAUGGAAUCCGGCUGCGCUUUGAUGGACCGGAGCAACGACUGCGCCUGAUCGAGGUGGUGGAAUUUACCAAGACUCAUAUCACCUUCAAGGAUAGAGAUUUAUUGAAGCAGGCGACGAAUGGUGCUUCCGCUCCGGGUUCGCCUAUGCCAGGGGAGUCGUCGCUGGGGCCGACGUUUAGACACAUCUACCAUCGGCUGCUUGGACCGACCUACGGAGGCGAGUUCAUCCCACCAUCCAGUGGGCAGGAAGAUGGGACCUAUGUGCUUUCAUAUCCUGGAGUAGCUUUCAACUUUUCGUUGGCGAAGUCGGCAUAUUCACCAGAUAAGGACGUGGUCACGCUGUUGUCCGCUUCCUCAAGCCAGGUUGCGACAUCGAUGGCCGUGUUCAGCGGCACGUCGUGGGCAGAAGCGCGACAGACAUUAUGGACAGAGACGCUACCAAGCGUUAAACAGACGUCAGUGCUGCCACGGACAAAGGACGCAUAUCCAGAUGAAGUAUCCUUGGUGCGAAUACAUGGCGGCGGAAAGCUAGACUUGUUUCGGAAGUGGACGAAUAAUGCGUUUAGAAUCCAGCUCGGGGAGACGACGCCACAGGAAUUGGUGAUGGAGCUGGGUCCUCCGAAUGCAAUUUACCGAAAGAACGAUCAAAAGAUGGUGAUUCACAAGUUACGGACCGCAAGCAACUCUCACGGUCGACCUGGUUCAUCUGAUAUUGGUCGACCCGACGACCUAACCGAUACAGAUCAAUCGUCUAUGAACACUGGCUCAGAUGACUCCGAUAACGAAGAAGCCAUUGAUGAAGCAGCGGCGAGUAAUCCAUCGGGAGAGUGCUUUUACAACUACUUCUACCUUGGUUUCGACAUCCUCCUUUCGUCACCAACUGUCCCAUCAGCUAUACCUCCCGGAGACGACGCCAACGAUCCGGCCGAAAAUCCCAUCAAGUCCCAUCAUCCUGACCGGCUUGUGGCCACGAAACUUGUUCUUCAUGGCAACGUCCCCGGUUCUUAUGAGUUCAACCGCCACCGACGCUGUCGCUGGGACAUCGCCUACCUAGAUGAUGUCACGUCCGAAACGGAGUUCAAAUCCGUCGAAGAGCGGAUGAAUACGAAAUGGGAGGGCGCUUACCCACCGGGGAAGGCACCACAACGGCAGAGGGGAAUGGUCCUGAAUAGGGGCUGGGGCGAUAGUCCUGGGAGUAGUUGUGAGUUUCUGGGGGGAUGGGAAGAGAGUGGCGCGAAGAGAGCGGAGGCGAAUGGGGAUUCGACGACAACGUUGUACGGGUUCCCGGGGAUGGUGUUUGAGGUGUUGAGGAAUGAUUAUGUUAAUACCGUGACGAUAUUUUAG